AUGGGUUCCCCAGGGGCUUUUCAGGUCUCGGAGGAUAAGGAGAGUAUAGAGGAGGAGACAGCGGGACUCACCGGCGAGCCUCCAAAGGAAAAGGAAGCUAUCGAAGUGGAACAGCGGGUUCGGGCUUUGCGAUGGUCCCCUUUGAGCUGGUUCAGAAUGCUUGCCGACGAGAUGCAUUGGAGCUUUGUGUUCGGCGUCGUCAUCGUGAAUGGAAUCAGCCAAGGCUUGGGCGGCGCCAUCUGGAGAGUGGCCUCGGAUUACUACUGGAAGGAUGUUCAGAAAGUGCAGCCAUCGGCAGCUCAGGUCUAUCAUGGGAUAACUUCCCUCCCUUGGAUUGUGAAGCCUCUGUGGGGUAUUCUCACUGAUGUUCUUCCUGUGGCUGGGUAUAGGAGGCGGCCAUAUCUUAUUCUCGCAGGUCUUGUGGGAGUGAUCUCUAUGCUUACACUUUCUCUGCACAGCAAGCUGCAUGUUGUGUUUGCCUUGAUGGCCAUGACUGCCGGAAGUGCUGGGGUGGCAAUAGCAGAUGUGACUGUAGAUGCCUGUGUUGCACAAAACAGUAUCAAUCACCCUGCACUUGCUGCUGACAUGCAAAGCUUAUGUGGAUUAAGUUCAUCCAUUGGAAGCCUUCUGGGGUUCUUAAUCAGUGGCUUACUUGUUCAUGCAAUUAGUUCUCAGGGGGUACUUGGCUUGAUAAGUAUCCCUUUUGCACUGGUAUUUUCAGUUGGAUUAGUGCUAAAGGAGAUGCGUACACCAAACUUUCCUUACAGACAGGUAUACCAGAAAUUCUUGCAAGCCAGCCAAACUAUGUGGACGACUUUAAGGUGCCCUGAUGUAUGGAGGCCAUGUUUAUACAUGUACUUGUCGCUGUCCCUAAGCUUGAACAUCCAAGAAGGAAUGUUCUAUUGGUACACAGAUUCAACUUCUGGACCAUCUUUCUCUCAGGGAACAAUUGGCUUCAUUUUUUCUGUUGGUUCAGUGGGUUCCCUACUUGGGGUUUUGCUCUACCAAAAUGUUCUGAAGGAAUGUCCAUUCCGUUGCUUGCUUUUCUGGAGUCAGUUGCUUUCUAGUUUCUCAGGAAUGCUGGAUUUGAUUUUGGUGUUUCGUCUAAACCUGAAGGUUGGGAUGCCUGAUUAUUUCUUUGUUGUGAUUGAUGAUUGUGUUUCGCAAAUGGUUGGCCAGCUCAAGUGGAUGCCACUUCUAGUACUUAGCUCGAAGCUCUGCCCCAUGGGAAUUGAAGGCACUUUUUUUGCUUUGCUUAUGUCUAUUGAUAAUGCUGGCGUGCUAACAUCAUCAUGGGCUGGUGGCCUACUGCUUCAUAUGCUUAAGGUUACUCGAGCAGAAUUCAGUAAUCUCUGGGUUGCUGUAUUGGUUAGGAACAUAAUGAGAGCAUUACCAUUAGCUCUUUUGUGUCUAGUUCCUAAAAGUGAUCUGAGUUCUACCAUUCUUCCUGCUGACAUGCUUACUGGAAAUCAUGAGCUGGAAGCUCAUGAAGCAGAAGUAGAUGAUAUCGAACUUGUCUCGCUUGUUGACAAAAGCUGAUGGCAGAGCAGAAGAAUUACCCAUCUAUCAUAUUGGCAAUAUGCUUGAUAUUUUGAUUCCAUCAAAAGUUUUCCCCUAUAUCACUCAAUUGAGCUCAGUUGCAAAUGACAAGGCUAAGACGCCUCUCGUGUAAUUGGUGGUGACAGAUAGUAAAGCAGAGUUAAGAAAGCCUUCUGGUAUUCAACUUGUUUUUACUAGGAUAUCAUGAUUUUAUUAUUUUUUUUAAAUUCAAUUCCUUUGUAUAAUGUCGAUCUAAAAAAACCUGUGCUAGUUGAUUCAAGGAAUAAUUUUUUCUUCUA